UCUAUUCCGGAAGCUGUGUCCACAUGUGUGACGUGACCGUUCUCGUGCUGAGGUUUUAUAUGAUGUAUUGAACUAUUAGAGGUUUUAACAGUGAGAUAAAGCGUGGAAACGCCUUUUAGUCCAUGAACGAAGAUGUUGAGUGACUCUGAGACUGCUGAGCUGCUCUCCUUCCUGACCCCCAGUACACGUCCUGAUGUCAAAGGUCAUGCCAUUGAAUACAUCCUGGGGCUGUCUGGAAACAGGGAUGGCUGCCACUUCCUCCGCUCUAAACCUGACUUAAUUGUUGCCUUGUGUGCGUUGACAACUGACCCCUCUAUUGUGAUAGUGAAGAAUUGUUACCACAUCAUCAUCAACCUGUCAGCUGAUGAGACUUUACACAAUGUUUUGGUGGCAGAUGUUAAAGUACUUCCAUUAUUAUUGAAGAACUUUGUGGAUCCAGAGUUUCCACACACUGAUCAAAUCUCUACCAUCUUAUCUAACCUAACCCGCCAUAAGAAAACCUGUAAGACUGUCUUCAAGGUCCUCCAGGAGGAGGAGGUUGGCCUGGCUAAGCUGGUCGAUAUGUUUUGUACUGAAGGUUACAACAAGAAUGCAAAGCUCCACUACCUGGGUCCUCUGCUCUCCAACCUGACACAGCUGCCUGAGGCCAGAAACUUCAUUAUGGACAAGGACAGGUGUGUAGUCCAGAGGUUGUUGCCCUUCACUCAGUACCAGGCAUCAGUGACAAGGAGGGGAGGUGUCAUAGGCACUCUGCACAACUGUUGUUUUGACCAUGUCCAUCAUGAGUGGUUGCUGAGUGAUGCUGUGGAUAUCCUGCCCUUUCUCCUGCUGCCACUGGCUGGUCCAGAGGAGCUGUCAGAAGAAGACAAUGAAGGUCUGCCUGUGGACCUGCAGUACCUCCCGGAGGACAAGAAAAGAGAGGAAGAUCCUGACAUCAGAAAGACGCUGCUGGAAACACUCCUCCUUCUUACAGCGACCAAAGCCGGCCGGCAAACACUUAAAGACAAGAAUGUUUAUCCGAUCAUGAGGGAGUUUCACAAGUGGGAGAAGGAUGUCAAAGUCUCAGCAACCUGUGAAAAACUGGUUCAGGUGCUGAUUGGUGACGAGCCUGAGGAGGGAAUGGAGAACCUGAUGGAGGUGGAGAUUCCUGAGGAUGUGGAGGAUAAACUGAAGGAGGCUGACAUCAAAGAACAACAGCAGCUGGAGGAAGAGCAAAAGAAACAAGAGGAGGAAGAGGAGGAGGAGCAAAAAAAGAAGAACAAUGAUGCAAAUCUGACAGACAGACAACAGGAGAGCGGACUGAUUCUGUAGCAUUUCUGAACUCUUUUGCUUGGAGAAGGAGACAGUAUGACAAACAACUUUGGAUGCUGAGACUGUUAAAUCGGACAAAACCUGAUCUACAGUAUGUGGAGCCCCUCCCCCUUGGCAAAAGAAUUAACACAAAACCUCUUAUGAAUGAUCAUUUGUGGAGUACCAAAAUUAAGUAAUGUAGAUAAUCCUAAAUCCUAAAAAAUGAACAACAGGAAGGGUAGGGAAAAGUCACAUCCCUCUUCUAUGGACCGGAGACAUCCUUACAGUGUGUGUGUGUGUGUGUGUGCUGGGGGGGGUCUUCACAAAAGUGGACAUAAGAGCACAUAACUUAAGAAAAAGUUCCACAUAAUAAAAUGUAUUAUGCUCAUAA